ACUUUAUUGUAUCUUAACAAUAUCAUUUUUUUUCAGUCCCACUGAAUUAUGGGUAACCACACUUCAUCAGGAGAGCGAAGGGACCGACACAAGUCUGGUGAUCCCUAUCACUUGGCAUCUCCAGGAAGAAUUGAUGGACAAGCAUUUACUUUUGACAAGCCCAAGGGACAGAAAUCAUUGCACCAACAGCACUCGGAAGAAGACCAUGAACCCGUCACUAUUAAGCCGUUAAAGCCUAAUUCAGAUGGGAAAGAGAAUGAAGACCCCAUGCCAGCUAGGCCUCGGCCAGUCAUAACACAGGGAAACAAGAAAAUGCUCCCGUUUGUCAUCAAGUGGACUGGAGGUGGUCAGAAAGUAGCCAUUGCUGGUACAUUCAACGAUUGGUUGCAGAUUCCAAUGGUUAAGAGUGAGAAAGACUUCAUAGCCAUCGUUGAUUUGCCCGAGGGUCAUCACGAGUACAAAUUCUAUGUUGAUGGAGAAUGGAAAGUGAGCACUGACGAAGCUUCUUGCGACAACAACAUGGGCACCAAAAACAACAUCAUCACAAUCAAAGACCAAGAUUUUGAGGAGUUCGAGAAUGCUCUUUUGCGUGACCCCAAUGACAAGAAUAAGAUAGAACCUAGCAGAAUAAUCAUUAGAGAUGAAGAAAAGAAAGAUGAUUUUAGUCAAGACAUCCCCGAAUACCAGCAGCUGGAGAAAAUACGAGGGCCUCCAGUUCUGCCACCACAUCUUCUGCAAGUUAUUUUGAAUAAGGAUACUCCAAUUUCAUGUGAGCCAACUCUUCUCCCAGAACCAAAUCACGUUAUGUUGAACCACAUGUACGCUCUUAGUAUUAGAGAUGGAAUGAUGGUUCUGUCCACGUCUCACCGUUAUCGCAAGAAAUGUGUCACAACUCUAAUCUACAGACCCAUUGAAUAGGCCUUGGAUUUAGGAGAUAGAGGCUACCAGCUUAUUGUUACAUGCCACGUCUUUGGAUGACUCGAACCAUUUCUCUUUGGAUGUUAAAACUUUUUUUUUUCUAUUGCUACAAGUCCUUCAUGCCUCGAUGGCUGAUAAGUGAUAUUUAUAUUAUAUAUUGAAUCCUGCAAUUAUGAAAGGCAUGCUUAUGUGUUGAGAAGGGCUACAAAUUUUUUGACAUUGUAACGGCUACAUAUCGUCUCGUAGGGUGUAGGUGCUUCAUAAAAGCCGUUCAUUUUGUCAAGAGUUUGGGAAAAAAAGGUGUUGUCUUAGUUGGUGGUUAUGGAACUAUCAAAGUGGUAGCCUUUAUGUAAGUUGUAGUGCCUUUCUUCUUGGCCUAUUCUUUCAUUCUUACCAAUUAGGUUUUUUUCCACUUACCAUCAGCCUAAUGAUGGAAAACUUUAUAGUGUUUCAAGUUUCUCACUGUCUUUAAAUAUAGCAGAGCUUGCUGUUUAUGUGGAAGUGCAAUCCAAAUGAGUCAUCUGGGACUUACUGAAGUAUUAUCAUAAACUUUUAGAAGUUUGAUCGCACAUUAUUCUUGUGCACAAGGAAAAAUACUGUACUCUAGACCGUUGAAGUGACAGAUAAGGCAUCAUGAGUCUUUGCAUUUUGGGAUUCUUGUUCAAGCAGAAAUGCCUAAGGAUUUGUUCAUAAAUCCAACUUUGUUUGAAGUAUGGUAGCUUACUAUUUCGUUGUGAGUUUUGCUUGCAAUUUUUAUACAUAGUAGUGUAUAGAUUUUUUCAUUGCAUUUUGGUAAUUUCAUUUUAGAUAUAGGUUUUGCUUUGUAGCCUGGAGCUAUCAUUGUGGACGUUUAUUGCGCAAAAUGUUGGUAUUAACGAGGUGGGAGUCCUCAUUUCUUAUGCAGCAACGUUAGUCCCUUACAUCCCAUGAGAGCUAGUUCUUCAUCGCUUGAGGCUUGACAUCCUGAGACUGGCCCUCCCCCCCAUCAACAAAAGUUAUAUAGAAUUUAUAUAAAAUUGCUCAUUCCUUUCUUAAUCCCUCAUGCCAGUGCUGAACAAGAUAUUGUACAUUUACGAUGUAUUAUGGUUGAUGCCUCUAUUGAGAAUGGGGACAUUGCGAUAGUCCUAGAAGUCACUCAGCAUUUUCUACUUGAAUGUCAAGGAAGACUGUAUAUAGGGAAAGGAAGCAUAUGCAUUAUAAAACAAGCAUUUUUAAUACAUGUAUAAUUGUACAGUAGAAUGUACUGGAAAUGUGUGUUUUAUAUGUGUUGUAUACAUGUAAAAUAUAUAUAUACAUAUACACAUAUUAUAUACGCAGUAGAUAAGCAUCAAAAUCAUAUUUGUCCUAUAUGGGCAGUGCCCAUAUGUUGGCAGAGAUUGAGAGCAGGGUGAAGUGAUGAACUCAAUACAAGACAUUGACAUUACUGGAAUACAGUACAUAUAUCAUUUACAUUAAUCUUGAGGUAUGGCUGUAUUAAUAUUAAAACAUAGGAAUACUUGUACAUUUAUACUAUAUACAGUACUUUCAAACAGGAAUUAACUGUACCCUACUUUUAAACUUUAAACCUAACAAAUUCCAGAGGUACAAAAAAUGUUCAACUUAAUCAUUCAGUUUACUACAGCUAUUUAAAAAAGAUGUUUAUAGUGCACAGGGCUUUACUGUACUAUACCCAUAAAAAAGACAAAAUUUAGUUAUACGUAUUACUUUUGUACCCAAUAUAAAUUCUUUAGAAGGGUAACCUUUGUUAGAUGCAUCUAUUUUGAAAGUAGGAGACAUCUGUAAAAGUAAAGUGCUGUACAAUUCUAUUAACAUUUAAUACAUUUCAAAAUAUGAAAAUAGACUUUAACAUGUGUUGAAUACAAGACACAAAUAACCAGACAAAUCUCAUGAAAAGAGUACAGAACACACCAUGAAAUACGAUGUUAAAACCAUCUUCAAAAGUAACCCACGCCAUUGUGGGCUAGAUCAUUUAUUUUUUCAGUUACGUAGGUGUUUUUCAUACUGUGAUUAUUUCCAAAAAAAUGUGCUUGAUUGAAGCUUUUAAUUCAAAUGUUUAGGAUUUUUCUUAAUAUUGUAUGUUUCAUUCUUUUCCUUUGCUGUGUGUGUAUAUAUCUUACACAUAAGCCUAUUAGUGCUAUAUUUCUGUAACAAGCUCUAUGUUGCGGAGAAAAUAAAAGACAUAGACUAUAUCA